GCAGCCAGUAUGGAAGGGCAGACAAUCUCAUUGAUCUGGAUAUAUGUUAACAGUACAGAACAACUGAACACUUCAUAUGCAUACAAUGCUACAGACUUAAGCGAAAACUCAGACAAAUACCAGUCUUACAUCAUCGGUCUCUUCCUUUCCUGCCUGUAUACUAUCCUUCUUUUUCCUAUUGGAUUUAUUGGUAACAUCUUAAUCCUGGUGGUGAACCUGAACCACAGAGAGAAGAUGACCAUCCCUGAUCUCUACUUUGUUAACCUGGCUGUAGCUGACCUCAUCCUGGUGGCAGAUUCCCUUAUUGAGGUCUUUAAUCUGAAUGAAAAGUAUUACGACUACGCCGUCCUCUGCACCUUCAUGUCACUUUUCCUGCAGGUCAAUAUGUACAGCAGCAUCUUUUUUCUGACAUGGAUGAGCUUUGACAGGUACAUCGCCUUGGCUAGCUCCAUGAGCAGCAGCCCACUGAGGACUAUGCAGCAUGCCAAGCUCAGCUGUGGCCUCAUCUGGAUGGCCUCCAUCUUGGCAACGCUUCUCCCCUUCACCAUUGUGCAGACCCAGCACAGGGGUGAGGUUCACUUCUGCUUUGCCAAUGUCUUUGAGAUUCAGUGGCUGGAGGUAACCAUUGGCUUUUUGGUGCCCUUCUCCAUCAUUGGUCUAUGCUACUCUCUGAUUGGGCGAAUCCUCAUGAGGGCUCAGAAGCACCGUGGACUGUGGCCACGGCGGCAGAAGGCCCUGCGCAUGAUUGUGGUGGUGGUUUUGGUAUUCUUCAUCUGCUGGCUGCCAGAGAACGUCUUCAUCAGCAUUCAGCUGCUGCAGGGCACAGCUGACCCAUCACAGAGGACUGCUACCACCCUGUGGCAUGACUACCCACUCACAGGCCACAUUGUUAACCUGGCAGCUUUCUCCAACAGCUGCCUCAACCCCAUUAUCUACAGCUUUCUAGGGGAAACCUUCAGGGACAAGCUGCGUCUCUUUAUUAAGCAGAAGGCCAGCUGGUCAGCCGUGAACCGCCUCUGCCACCACGGUCUUGAUUUACACCUCCCUGUCAGGGGUGAGGUAUCAGAGGUGUGA